GACACUGUUUUAGUCACGCCCAUUAAAACAUGGCUGCCUUUGCAACUUGUUGAGAAAGGCAGAAGCGAGCAGAAGGGAGAGAGAAGAUGAGUUCUCACACUAGAUACGGGGGAGGAGGCUCUUCUAGGAAGAAAGUGUGUGUUACUUACACUCUGAGAGAAGAGAGGGAGCCGAGGAACAGGUCAGGAGUCAAUAGGGUACUAGUGGAUAGCUCCUCCUCUUUGUCACGUGAUCUCGUACUCACUGCUGGUAGGGACUCUAUCAUUAGGGCCUGGGACCUCAAGGAACUGAGCGAGACUAACGGAGAGGCAGAAUGCUUCCUGACACUGGAACACCACACUGGGUGGGUCAACGACAUGGUACUGUGUAAAGGAGGCAAUAUACUGAUGUCUGCUUCCUCUGAUACCUCUCUGAAGGUCUGGGACCUAUCCAGAGGAUCCUGUACGUCGACCCUAAAACCUCACAGCGACUACAUUCAAGCACUGGCCUACUCACCAGUCACUGAUACCGUGGUCAGUGCUGGACUGGAUCAUGAGCUCUAUCUGUGGGACAUUAAUGCUCUCACUUCACUCACGGCUUCUAAAAACACCGUCACUACGAUUCCGUUGAACGGGCAGAAGAAGUCUGUAUACAGUGUAGACAUUAACAAACAAGGGACGCUAGUGGUCUCUGGAUCAACGGAAAAAGCUCUUAAAGUAUGGGAUACCAGAUCAUAUCAUAAAUUAAUGAAGCUAAAGGGUCACACUGAUAAUGUACGAUCAGUAAUACUCAACGAAGAUGGGACUGAAUGUCUCUCUGGCAGUUCUGAUGGUACCGUUAGGUUAUGGUCCAUAGGUCAGCAGCGUUGUAUUGAAACCUUUAGGCUACACACAGGCGGAGUCUGGGCUCUUGAAGUUGAUGAUAGUUUCAAGUAUUUUUAUUCCGGAGGGAAGGACAGGAAUAUCUACCUGACAGACAUGACAGACAGUAGUCGUGACAGCAUUCUCCUGUGUACUGAGGAGAGAUCAGUCCUGUCUCUAGCUCUUGAUAAAACUGAAAAUAUCGAGUCACUUUGGGUCAGUACAACAGGGACCUCUGUUAAUAAAUGGCCUGCCACUCCCCCUGAGAUAAGCACUAAUGGAACUGGUACUGAGGAUAAAGACGAAGAGUCUGGUUGUCAUAGUAACGGAGAAACGGAACACAACAUCUCUCACUCCAGACCUCUCCUAACAAUACCAGGAGGUAAGACUAUCGUUGAGUGUAAGAUCUGCAAUAACAAAAGAGAGGUACUGACCAAGGACAACACAGGGACCGUAGCACUUUGGGACGUCCUUCAUGCCGUCCUUAUUGAAGAGUUGGGAAAGGUUGAUAUGGAGGAGGUAUCACAGGAUCAAAGAUUCAACUCACUUUUUGUUCCAAACUGGUUCUCGUGUGACAUUAGAACAGGAAUGCUGAGUAUUCGGUUGGAGGAAAGUGAUUGCUUCUCUGCUUGGGUAAUGGGGAAUGACACCAACCUUCCUAAUACCUCAGACCUGAAGCUUAAUUAUGGAGCGCUGAUGUUAAAGGCUCUUUUUGAGAACUGGUCUGAGUUCCACGGAUUGAAACAAGAGCAGAAAGAGACUCAAGAGAAACUAGAGGAAAUGAGAGCCACCAUUGUGACCAGGAGCAUGUUCUUAUCUUCAGUUGAAACUGUUAGUGACUCCAUUGAACUGGGCAGAGAGUUAGGACUAAGUGAACCUGAUUUGAAUUCAUUACAAAAUGAAGAAAUGUCAAGAAGUAACUUACACAGUCAAAUGUAUGAGUGUUUUCAAGAUGAUUCUCUAACUCUUGAGCAGCUGUAUAAAGCUUUUGUUAAUUUGAAAUAUGAUGACCUUGCACAUAAUCUGGAAAAAAUGCUCAUUAGUUCGAAAUCUGAAGGGAGUGGAUCGGCUAGUAAAGUGGACACUAAGUUUUUCUCAGUUCCCGCCCACACUCCAGUGGUAUUAUCAGAGUCCACUGACUGUGGAGCUACUCUUGUUCGAUUUACUGUCAGCAGUAUCGUUAAUAAUCACGAGAAGAACCUUUUGAAAACCUUCUGUCCUUUAUGGAUAUCAGAUAUAGUUGUACAGGCUCAGUUGCCCCCACAGCCCAAGAUGAGUUUUGUAUUAGCAAAAGAAUCAAGUGGAAAGAAUGCCAAAUCUGACAGACUGUCGGCUCAGGAUAUACUGACUGUACGUAAAGUAACGGAGUACCUUCAGGGAAAACUCUACGGGAAUGAAGAGACAAGAGAUAAGAUUGAGAUAUACUGUCAGGGACAACUGUUAGAUAAUUCUCUUGACAUGAGAACUGUCCGUCAUACUGUCUGGAAAAGUGGCGGUGACAUGAAAUUAUUUUAUAAAAUAAUUGAGUAUGAGACUCCACCGGUUACCAUAGUAACUGAUACCGGAGAAGAAGUAGCCGAAGACCAAGAGGAGGAGGAGGAGGAGAAGGAUCCCGAGAAUAAAAUGGAGUCUUCACCGACUUAAGGUCUUCACCCUCUUAAGAUGACACAGUUCACAUUAUGUACACAAGAACCUCUUCCCUUCUCUUCAUCUCUUGGUCUGACAGAAUACUCAGAAUUAUAUUGUUAUUCCUUUUAACCAUGUUCGUAUGUUGUCAUUAGUUUAUGAUUCUUUAGAAAUAAAUAAAAUAA